CUUUUCUGUCAUUCUUCAUGUUCAUGUGAAAGACAACAAAUAAAAUAAAAUAUUUUGGAUACUUUCUUGUGAUUUAAAUUUCAUGGGAAAAUCUUUUGUGAGAGCCAUGAAUUUGAUACAGAAAACUUUUCUACCAACAGGAAAAUCACAUUCAGCCACUGUCAUCUUUUUUCACGGGUCAGGUGAUACCGGAAGUAAUUUAGUGGAGUGGAUACGCUUCCUAUUGGGGCAUGAUAUGACUUUUGGGCAUAUCAAGAUGAUUUUCCCAACAGCUCCCCUUCAGAAGUACACCCCAUUGGAUGGCGAGGAAUCCCAUGUUUGGUUUGACCGCAAAGCCAUUUCAAUUGAAGCCAAAGAGUGUCGUCUGUCGUUGGCAUCAAUUUAUGAGACUGUUGGUGAGCUGCUAAAGACUGAAAUUGAUGCUGGGAUUCCGGAAAGUCGAAUAAUUGUCGGGGGUUUCUCAAUGGGUGGUACCCUAGCAAUGCACACGGGCUUUCACAUUAAUCAAGCCCUAGCGGGUGUCUUUGUAAUAUCAUCCUUCCUCAAUCGAGGGUCAAUUGUAUACGAUUCCCUAGCAAAUCCUUCUUCCAAAACAGCUAAACAACUCCCACAAUUUCUUAUGUUUCACGGAGAAAGAGAUACUCUGGUACCUAUCAAAUGGGGCAUGGAGACAUUUAAUAAUCUUCAAGAUCUCAAUGUUAAAGGAAAUUUCGUACCUGUUCGGAAUACAAUGCAUGAGCUGAAGAAGUCAGAACUCCUUCAACUGCAAGAAUGGAUUUUGUCGGUUUUACCACCACUUGAGAGUGAUUUAACGAAUAAAUUGUAAUUAUAAAAUAUUCCCUAAUUCUUUCUCUUAACCCUUUCACGAAGAAUAUAGCACAAAUAUGGCACAAUUGAGAUUUUAUUUAUAAUUGUCAUAAUUUCUCUUACUUCCAUAAAUUUAGAAACUUAAGAAUAGCUCAAAAUAUCAAGCUUUAUCCUUUAACGGAUGAUCUAUACUUCACAGAGAAUAUUUAGCCAAAAUUAGAAUCAAUUCCAUUUUUUUUUCUUUAUCAUACUAUUAGAUAAAAAGAAUCAUUCUGAGUUGUGAAAGGGUUAAAAAAGAAAUUUCCCAAAAAGUAGAAAAAUUCUUUUCUGUCGUGAAAGUAUUCAAAAAACUUUUAUUUCAAAGAAUUUAAAAGAAUUGAGUUAGAUUCUUGCACAAAAUUUGAAGAAUAUUGUUUGAAAAAUGAUUUUUAUGAAGAAGUUGUAAAAGAAAUCCAUGGGCAAUAAUUAAUAAUUUUCUUAUCCUUAAUAGAUUAAUUUUUUUUAUUAAAUUUAGUGACUGGGUCUAAAUUCUAGACGUGAUAGAAAGUAGUAGAAUAGAAAGGGUGCUGUAGUAAAAAGUUUGGAUCGUUAAACUUGAAAAUAUUUUUGUAAUAAUUUUUAAUUGGGACAAAAUAAAGGAGUUUGUGCUUAAAA